GAGUGCCUUGCAUGAUUGAUCCCUCUCUACUCUCUAAUCUCUCUCUCAUAUUUAAUCCUAAAUUUCGGAUCACCACAUGAUUCAUUGCGCUUUGUAACAUUGUCUCUCACCUUUUCUCAUUCCUUUCUUGUUGUUGUUGCCUUUCCCAAGGGUUAUCCUUGUUGGGUUUUUCUCCAAUCUUGUAAUUUUUCUUCUGUUUUUUCUUUUUCUUGGAUUCUUUGACCCAAGUCACACUCUUUUUCACUCUUCCUCUUGUUUUUUUUUAAAUCCCUUCAAAACCCAAUAAAAAAAAAUUGUUUCUUUUUCAUCUUUUGUUUGCAUUGGUGUUUUUUCCCUUGCUCAUAACCUCCAAUUUAUUGUAGCCUUGUAGGGGUUUGAGGGGACCUCUAAAUUCAAAAAAGUUGUGGUUUUUGUUUUUGUAUUUGUAUUUGUGUUCCCUGUUCUUUUUUUACCUUGUUUCCUCUCCAUUUCUUUUGGGUUUUUCUCCUUUGGUAAAUUUAAGCUCAAAAAAUAUGGGUUUUGAUGAAAAUAAGCAUGAAAUUUCUGGUGAUUCUACUGAAAUUUUGAACACAAAAGAUGAUGAAGAGAGUGUUAAUGAACCUACAAAUGAGAAAAUCACUAGAAAAUUGAGUGAAGAUUCUGUUCUUACUAUUGAGGAUGAUGAAGACGAAGAAGAUGAUGAUGAUGAGAACAAAAUUAACUUGGGUCCACAAUGCUCAUUGAAGGAUCAAUUAGAGAAAGACAAGGAUGAUGAGAGUUUAAGGAAAUGGAAGGAACAACUUCUUGGUAGUGUGGACCUUAAUGCAAUUGGAGAAACUCUUGACCCGGAGGUAAAAAUUUUGAGCCUUGCAAUAAAAUCCCAUGGUAGAGAUGAUAUAUUGCUACAGAUUCCAGAGAACGGAAAGGUGAAGGGAAAUUGGUUUACAUUAAAAGAAGGUUGCCGUUACAGCCUCCAGUUUGCUUUUCUGGUCAACAAUAACAUAGUUUCAGGCCUCAAAUACACCAACACUGUCUGGAAAACUGGAGUGAAAGUUGAUAGCGCAAAAGAAAUGCUUGGAACGUUUAGCCCUCAAGCAGAGCCAUAUAAACAUGAAAUGCCAGAGGAGACCACCCCGUCAGGCAUUUUUGCUAGAGGAUCAUAUACUGCUAGGACAAGGUUUGUUGAUGAUGACAACAAGUGCUAUUUGGAGAUCAACUAUACAUUCGAUAUCCGGAAGGAAUGGUAAUUCCAAGAGCUGAAAGUUGAUAUUUUCGCGGCAGUUUUGCCUUGUUCUCUGUUGUUGCCAAUCUUCAACUCCUUUGAGUACAUUACUCGAGCAGUUGGAAAGAAGAGAGCAACUGCCUAGCAGCUUAGGAUCACAACCUUUUCUGGAUCACUUGAACUAGAGAUAUGGUUUAUCUUGUUUCAUCCUUGACCCUUUUUUUUUUUACUCUAGUAUUGUCACCGUGUGUGCACCUUAAAAUGUGAAGGGACCAUUGUGAUGAAGUUGUUUGAACUGUUACAUGGAAAUGUCAACAAUAAAUUCAUGUAGUUCUUUUUUGUUGCAAUGUUUAAUUACUUUCAUGUUGAA